UCCCCUCUCUCCAGGUUGGGCGCGUUUGGUGCAAGAUUCUCGGGAUCCGCGGCGACGCCGCUCCUUCCCCUCCCCCCUCCUCUCCUUUUUCCUUCCCUUCCCUUUCUUUCUUUCCUCCCCCCAGCCCCCACCGCCCCAAACAAACAAGCCCCCCAUUCGCGUCGCGUCGGUGCUCGCCGCGGGCAGCGGGCGGAGGAGGCAGCGCGCCGCGGUCGCCCGGAGCCGGGAGCCCCGGGCGCCCGCUUCUUGGCGCAGCAUGUUCCAGCCGGCGCCCAAGCGCUGCUUCACCAUCGAAUCGUUGGUGGCCAAGGACAGUCCCCUGCCUGCUUCGCGCUCCGAGGACCCCAUCCGCCCCGCGGCGCUCAGCUACGCCAACUCCAGCCCCAUCAACCCGUUUCUCAACGGCGUCUACUCCAACCCGGACUUGGUGUUCGCCGAGGCGGUGUCGCACCCGCCCAACCCCGCCGUGCCGGUGCACCCGGUGCCGCCGCCGCACGCGCUGGCCGCCCACCCCCUGCCCUCCUCGCACUCGCCACACCCCCUCUUCGCUUCUCAGCAGAGGGACCCGUCCACCUUCUACCCCUGGCUCAUCCACCGCUACCGGUAUCUUGGCCACCGCUUCCAAGGGAACGACACCAGCCCAGAGAGCUUCCUUUUGCACAACGCGCUGGCCCGCAAGCCCAAGCGGAUCCGAACCGCCUUCUCCCCGUCCCAGCUUCUGAGGCUGGAACACGCCUUCGAGAAGAACCACUACGUGGUGGGCGCCGAGAGGAAGCAGCUGGCUCACAGCCUCAGCCUCACGGAAACUCAGGUAAAAGUAUGGUUUCAAAACCGAAGGACGAAGUUCAAAAGGCAGAAGCUAGAGGAAGAAGGCUCGGAUUCACAACAAAAGAAAAAAGGGACGCACCAUAUUAACCGGUGGAGGAUCGCCACCAAGCAGGCCAGUCCCGAGGAAAUAGACGUGACCUCCGACGACUGAAACUCCAAACAGCACCCCACAGAAACGGACAAGAAGCAGAACAGGCAGGGAGCGAAGACAAACCUACAGAACAAAAUCCCACAACGCCCGCGCGCGCGCGCACACACACACACACACAUCCACAGAGAAGGGGAGAGGGAGUCCAGGGAGUGGCGACCACGGGCCUCAAAACGAGGCAGAGGAUGGCGGAGUCUCCUUCAUCACCAUGCAACCCUCCUUUAUAGAGGCAGCUGAGUGAGUGCGUGCGUGAACAAGUGAGAGAGAGAGAGAGAGAGAGAGAGAGAGAAUCCCAGCGUGGCCCAGCGGACCGCGCUGGAGCAGGGGAGCUGUCAGUCAAAAGCCAAACCAGCUAGACAUCCCGAUUGGCAGGUACUCCGUUUUUAAUCGCAGUCCAUUAAAAGAAAAAAAAUGAUGGCAAUGAUGAUCAAAACCAAACCAACUCGUCUAGGCACCGGACUUUUUUUUAUUUGCACUUCGCAGUAAAGAAUCCGUAAUAAUAAGGUUCAAAAUUCCAUCUCCAGCCUCAUUCCCACACCUGUUUCAAAAACUUGAAUUGCAUGUAGCAGUGGUUGGGCGAAUGGUGUCUAAAGACAGAAAAUGAAUUGUAAUUUGCUUUUCCUUUGAAAGACAAGUUCUGUGUGUUUUUCAUUUGGAUCCCCCCCCCCUUCGGAGACAUGUGCAGUGUGUAAACGCUUUUUGAUACCUUCUGAUGUCAAAGUGAUUGUGAAAGCUAAGUGAGGUAGGCUCCAAAUAGUGGUCCUCUUAAGGAGUGCCGGGCAGGGAGCAUGUAGGGGCUGGGGGUGACAGGAGGGUCCCUACAAUGGAGUCAGGACUUGUGCUGGAAAAACAAACAAAUAGACAAACCCAAACCCAAAACAACAAAAACUAAAUUAGUUCAAUUUAUUGGACACUCUCAUUUCUAACAUCCCGAGGUUUACAACCAUGAAGGCAAUAUCUCCCUUUGGUGGUUGGAGAAAUUGGCCUGUCCAACCAUUCACCCGUAGAGGCCAUUCCAAACAUAAACUCGAUCUCUUGUGAAAACUGAAGGACUGUAGUUAGUGGGGAUGAUAAGUGUGGCCAAGGACGCGGCGAUAAGUUUUCAAGCACUGAGUUUCUAUUCCAAGAGCAUAGAUUUACUAAAGAGAGUGGCAAAUGCUUCCUUAAUGUCUUCUAUACCAGAAUGUAAAUAUUUUUGUGUUUUGUGUUAAUUUGUUAGAAUUCUAACACACUAUAUACUUCCAAGAAGUAUGUCAAUGUCAAUAUUUUGUCAAUAAAGAUUUAUCAAUAUGCCCACAGA